GGAAUUUGUUGGUGCACGAGAGCGGCGGGGGUGAAACGGUGUGAUCUCUCGCACUCUGUGGAAGGGAUGGCAUGACGGCAAAAAAAACAGGGAAGAAGAUGAAGUGACGAAAAGUGCAUCAUUUAGCGCACCGAUGGCAACUAUGUGAUCCCGACGCGUAAGGAAAGCGGCCGUGGAACUGUGUUUGCAAAACUCUCCUAAACUCGCGUUCUUUUGCACAGCCGGCAGCUGGUGGCAUAGUGGAUGAGAAAAAAAGAGUUUGUGCGCUUGUGCUGUACUUGAAAAGUAAAUAGUGUGAACCGCGUUUCCGUGCAAUCAUCAAAAGGUGGAAAAGGCGAACGAGACGGCAAAUAGGCAUCCGUGAUCUCGGUUGUGGACGUCCGUCGUUGAGGUGCACAGCGGCUUGGGGUUGUAGGGUGCGCGUGCCAUGCGUACGGGUGUGUGUGUGUGCGUGUGUCGCGGACGGGAAGAAAAGCAGCAACAGCAGCAGCAGCAGCAGCAGUACUUCUGGCGAGCUGUCAUUUGCGCUGCUCCCAUGUAGCGAAAUCGGGCAAACUUUUUUUCAGCUCCCAUCCCGACCAGGAAUUUUUCCCAUUAAAAUGAUUGGCGGCUGCGAAACAAGACAUCAUCGACAACUGUGUGCCGUUUGAUGCCCGCGGAGUUGCGAAGGGCAAGCAGCCAGCCAGAAAAGAAGUGGAAUUAGGGAAGCAAAAAACAAUCUCGCACCAUCACCACCACAUCGCCGUCGCCAUCAUCGUUUUGGUGAGGAAGAGGAAAAGCAAUAAGAGGGUGUUGUGUAUCUUCGCCGUCGCGUUACAGUGCUUUUUAAAUCGGUGGAUUAAAGUGUCCGCGCAUAUGGCAGCAGGCUUGGUUGUACACACAGUGUCGUCUCACUAAAAGCGAUGGCAUAAUGCAUCCCGAGGAGGUGAAAUCGAAGGCAUUCGUACUGGAUCGAACGCAGGUGCAGGCGGACGUGAGCGGGGGUUUCGUCGGGACGGGGCAAGUAGUGCCAGUAGUACCGCAGUACCUCAAUCACCAGCAGCAGCAACUGUUCCAGCAACAGCAGCAGCAGCAGGUCUUUCAGGAGCAGCAACAUCUAUUGCCCCAGCAGCAGCAACAGCAGGCGGCGCACUAUCACCAGCAGCAACAACACUACCACCAUCACCAACAGCAACAGCAGCAACAGCAACAACAGCAGCAGCAACAACAACAGCAGUACCAACAACAGCAUUUUGGGCGACAGACAGCGACCUCCUGCAUGCAGGAUAAGUACAGCGGCAGCACGCUCCGAAGCCAGCUACCGCUGGAAUGGGGCGACAAUUUGUCCACGGACCGGGGUGUCGGAGUGGGAUCAACCAUUGGGGCCCACCAUCUACACCAACAGCAGCAGCAGCAAUCCGACGUAGUGGUUGGACCGAAUGCGUUUCUGCACGGGGCGAGUCUUCCGUACGGGAAUGAAACCACCGCGCAAAGCCACCAACGUCGGAUGGUGCCGCCGGCGUCCACCGUGAAUCAGUAUUCUGGGCGCACCAGUGAACCGCUGCCGGGUGCCGGCCAAGGAGGCGCAUACUUCCACACCGACCAGCUUAACGCCGGUGCAAUGGGACACUUCGGUGUGGGAGUAGAGACGGGUGCCGGCGGUGGCUAUUCCCCCGGCGUUGUCACCGGCGGUAUGGUGCGAUCCGUCGGGCUCGGGGCGAGUCCGAACGCCACCUCUCCACCCGUUGGCGUACCGGGAAUGGCGGGUGGCGGUGGAACGGGCACCGGUGGAGGUUAUGGGCAUGCGACGUCCACACCGACCCACGUGACCUCGUACAUGCAGCAGGGUGGUUCGCCGGGAGCUCUGCAGCGUAUGAGUGCCGAGCUAAACGCGUCCCCGAUGCAGCAGAUGCAGGUGCCGGACCAGCACCGGCUCGUGGCGCCCAUGGUGCACACGGAGUUUCCCACCGGCUCAACGAGACCAUCGUUCCCACCGGCCGUCACACUGCCCUCGGCGAGCCCGUGUGCACUGGCCGAUGCCGGCGGUUCGAUGGUUUCGAUGGCAAAACCAUCGGACAUGACGCUGGCCAACGAGCAUCAGCUAAAGCAGGCGCAAAUGUCGGUCAUUACCCAGCAAUCGUCGGUGGUAACCACUGCUUCCGGUUCCAUGUACGGUAUGCACGGGGUGGGACCGAUGGAAGCCCCACUGGAAUCGGAAUUUACCUUCCCAUCGGUCGAUACAAACCCCAACGAUGCUGUCCAGCAGCAGACGCAUCAAUCGCAGCAAUCCACUAUGUCGUUGCCUUUGGUUGGAAACAACGGCACGAACACAACAACUACCAACUCUGGAAUGGUCGGACCAACGGGACGGGGAGACUCUACAUCCGACCGCGUCACACGUUCCAGCACUCGUAAUGUGUGCGCCGACGAUCCCAAUGAAGACGCCGACGCACUGGUAGAAGUGAUCCCGAUGGAUCCGCUCGCCACGACGUCCGACGACAAAACGAACAACGACAACGUCAAGGGCCUGCUGUUGCGCUCCUCCGCUGGCGGCUCCGCGAGGGGAAGGGACGAUCCAUCGGAGAGGAAACAGCGGCCAGUAAAGCAUGUACGGUUCGUCGACGACGAUAACUCGCUCGAUGAUAUGCCGCGCGCACGUGGUAACGUUUCACCGCAUCCGCUCGGCAUGGCACAAGCAGGACGCGGCGGGGUAAGGGGAGGAAACGGCCCGCAAGAAACAGAGGAGGACGACGACGAUAUGGAUGGGCUGGCGUUAAUGGAACACAUACCCCCGGUGCAAAGUAUGCUGGUGGAAAUGGAGGACGGCGAGGAGGAGGAUGAGGACGACGAAGCGGACGAUGACGACGACGAAGACAACGAGGACGACGAUGACGACGAGGAGAUGGAGGACGACGAUGACUACGGCGGUAGACGACGGCGACGCACCGGAGCUACCCGGGGACGAGGUGGUGGGGGUGUCGGGCGUCGCAACACCCGCUCGAAGCAUGACGAUUCGAUCGAGCUGGAACUAGAACCGCUUGUUCCGGUGGUGGUGGAGUUGGGCGAAGGGCUCGGUGACCAUUCGGGCGGGGGCGCCGGUAGUGCGAACGAUGGUGACAGUCAGUUGGCACCGGUGGCGCAGGUUUGCCGCGUCUGUCUGUGCGAAGAGAAAGACCCGGACGGGGUGACGGAGCGCAAGAUGGAAUCGCUCUACUGCACGGUCGUGCCGGAGUAUCAGUCGCGCAGUCUCUACUCGAUACUGGUGGCCGUCUGCCAUCCGCUGCACCUAGGCAGCAAUGCUGGCAUGCCCGACCGCAUCUGCCUCGACUGCAAGGGCAAGCUGCUGGCUGCGUACGAGCUGUACGAUACGUGCCUGCGGAACGACGAGCUGCUGCGCCGAAAGUAUCACACGAAGCUCCUGAUGGCUUCAAAUGCGGCCGGCGACGGCCGACGCAUCAAGAAGGAGCGCUUCGAUCAUCACGGGGCCGAUAACGGCGAAGGAGAUGAUGCCGAUUACGAUCCGGACGGUGCGAUUCGAAGCUACAAAGGAUCUGCACGCGGUCUCGGGAUGAAUGAUCCCGAUGAUGCCUAUCUCUAUGCCCGCCAGUACCCGCUGCAUAUGGCCAGCAUGAUGAAGAAGCCCGGCGCUGGCAUGGCUGCGUUACGGGCACGCUACCAGCAGGCAAACGCCGGUGCAAACAAAUGGAGCAAAUACCAGCGAAACCCGGUUCCCGCUUCGAGUCCGAUGCGCAUACAGCACGUCACGAAUGGUCCCGAUGCGCUGCGCCACAUGGGCGCUGGCGAUGGUAGUUUAGCAGCCAAGCGGGCGGGCCUGGCGUACGAAUACAAUUCGUUCCAUCGCCUGCUGCCGAACGGCCAGCACCAGUGCACGAAGUGUUUGCGCGAGUUUAAGUACCACAGCUACUACAAGAAUCACUACAUCAGCCAGCACGAUCCGACGAAGCCGUACAAGUGUCGCAAGUGUCACUACACGUUCCGCCACGAACGCUGGCUGAUCUCGCACAUGCGCACGCACGUUGGACCGCUCGCAAUGCUCGAUCUGAGUGGCGGCGGUGGGUCCGCGCUCGGGCAGCAGGAUCUACUGGACAGCUCGGCAGGCUCUGGCGACAUGAUGGGUGGUGGGCAGGGUCGGGGAAGCGCUGGUGGCAACGAGCUACUCCAGUGCGUGCCCUGCGAUCAGACGUUCCUGACGUACACGCUCUACAAGCGCCAUAUGCUGAUGCACUCGAGCAAACAGCGCUGUCCGAUCUGCGAGAUGCGCUUCCACGAUCAGGCGAGUUUGAUGGAGCACCUGCGCAACCACAAGGCCGAAAAGCAGGCGCGCACCAGAAGCGGAGGCGACAAAGAGGGCGCGGGUGGCAGUGAGCAGCAGCGCGCGUACGUGUGCACCGUUUGCUCCGCUUCGUUCGCCAGAGAAAGCCAACUCACCGGGCACAUGCAGGAGCAGCAUCCGAAGGCAUUGCUGGCGAUGUACUCGGAGCAGCUGUUCAAGUGCCGCGUGUGUUUGGUGGAAUUCGACGACCGAUCCACGCUCGAGACGCACUUUGCCUCGCACGAUGAAGCGCAAAGAACGGAGGCGAUAGCGGCGGGGGCCGCAGAACGUUCCAAACACGACGGUGACGGUGAGGAGCAGAAAAAGAACGACGACGACGAAGAGACCGAUGCGUUGAAGUCGGAUAUUAAAAAGGAAGAGGACAGUAGUUCCGAUGAGCAGAAGGUGGCGGGUGAUGGGGAUGUGUCAAAGGUGAAGAGCGAAACAGCACCGGAUAUGGUGCCGGAUGGAUUUGCGGCGGUGCACAAAUGUAAACUUUGCCAGGUGCGGUUUGCAAAGAGAAGCGCUCUGGAUGCACACAUUGAGACGCACGUGGCGACGAUGAAACGCACAACGGGCAAGCGUUCGUACAACGAGACCGCCGAUGGUGAGGGGUCGCUGGCGGGUCAGGAGGACGACAGUGAGGACGAUGAGGAGGAUGACGACGAGACGUCGGCAUCUUCAAGCCGACGAGCUAAGCGUCCAAAGCAGGACGGUGACGAGGAGGACGGUGCCGGUGGGGCCGGUGGCGACGACGAUGACGAAGAGGACCUGAUCGAUCCGGACGAAGUGUCCUUCCAUCCGGACACGGGCGAGCAGAUGUUCACGUGCCGCAUGUGCGGUAAGGUCAUCAGCACGGUGACGCAGUUCCGGCGGCAUAAGCGUGUCCACUCGGCCAAGGGCCGGCCGUACGAGUGUCACAUCUGCUUCUAUCGAUUCGCGAUGAAGUACAGCUACACGGCGCACAUGCUGCGGCACGAGCUCGGCUGCGACCCGACCCAGCCGACCACCUAUCGCUGCUCGAAGUGCGCCGAGACGUUCACCAGGCGCAAGCUGCUCAAUCAGCACAUCGCGACCAAGCACGGCCGCUGGUCGCUGGGCGCAUCCUCCAUUGCGGAGCUGCUCGGCAAUCACGCACCAUCGGCCGCGGCGGAUACCUCGCUCGAUUCACCGGCCAGCGGUAGCGGUAGUGGCGGCCGGGGCAGCCACACUUGUCCGGUCUGCUCGGAAACGUUUACGCGCGAAAGCGUCCUUAAUGGGCACAUGAAGACGCACAACCUGGAGGCGGCGCAGAUGCUACACUCGGAAGUGUGCUACCUGUGCCGGGUGUGCAGCAGCGAGUUCGAGUCACGCGCCCUGUACGAGGCGCACGCCGCCGAGAUGCAUCCGGGCACGAAAACCGACAUGAUGGUGGAGUCGGGCGAUGGCGAGCAGGAGUCGGAGUCUGGUGCCAACCAAACCACCGGUACGGAAGGAGGGCAGCAGCGGCAGCCGGAGGAGGAGGAGGGCGAAUCGAAUGCUGACGGAGAAUUGCGCAACGAUCCGUCGAAAGAGGACGACGAGUCGAUGCCUGGAGCUGGUGGUGGCAGCAACAGUGGCUUCACGCUCAUCUACAAGUGCAAACUCUGUUCCGGACGCUUCCUGAAGAAAAAGUCGCUCGACUGGCACCUGCAGACACAUCGGUCGAUCGCGAAGCAGGGCGACGGUGUGGCCAUUCUGCCCGACAUCGGCCCCGACGUAGACACCGAGCAGAUUAAGCUGUUCAAGUGUACCGUUUGCGGUCAGAUGUUCGACAAUCAGAUUAUCUUCCAGGAGCAUGUGCGUACUCAUCAGCUCGGCCGCGCACCGCGACUCUCGACUGGCUACGGUUCCGGUGUCGCCGCUACUACUCCCACCCCAACUCGUCGCAAACGUUCAUCCUGGCCAGGUCCCAUCAUCCAGUGUCAUUUGUGCAAGAAGACGUUCACCUACCGCAGCCAGCUGCACCAGCACACGGUGCUGCAUCAUCAACCGGACAAACCGUACGAGUGCAAAAUCUGCCACUACAGCUUCGUGCACGAGCUGAAUCUGAAGCGACACGAGUUGCUGCACUUAAAAGAAGCGGUAGCCGCGCAUCCUACCGAUGCGGCUGACGAUAAUUCGCAUCUGUUACAGCCGCUGGUGCUGAUGGGCGGGCCGGAUGAAGCCAACGGUGGUGCGAAGGAUGGCAAUGAUACAGCCGACGGCGGCCAACCAUCGUCCGGACAGGCGGAAGGUGAUGGCGACUGGUCGCAGCGAAAAAUCAAGUGCGUUAUCUGCUCGGCCCGGUUUAGCCGCCAGAGCGAGCUGGUGGUGCACCUGCAGACACACAUAGAGCGUAUCAAUGAGGCGCGGAAUCGGCGCGCCCCGUCCCUGGCGCAGGCGACCGACAUCGGUAUCUCACCGAACGAUCGGCAGUGCAAGCUGUGUCACAAGGUGUUCAAGUUCAGCUGCCAGUUGAAACAGCAUCACGUACUACACCAUGCCCGGGAGAAGCCGUUCGAAUGCCGCACGUGCCAUUAUCGGUUCGAGUUCAAGGGCCACCUAGUGCGGCACCGAGCGAACCUGCACCCGAACGAGCCGAAGGACGCGUACGGCGACGGAGACGCCGCCGGCACGAGCUCCAAUCGAGCUACCGGAAAUCUGCGCCGUUCGGCUUCGUUGCUUGACGACGGAGGUGCGAGUGGCGGCGUGCCAAAGUACGGCGGAAUGGUCACGGACGAUGUGAUUAUCGCACCGACCACCUCGGUGUCGCGCUCGGAAGCGGGCGGGUCCGGGGGCGUUGCGACGCACCAGUGUCCGAUGUGCUCACUGAAGUUUAUCAAGGCACGCUCGCUAGCGAUGCACAUGCGGAUACAUCUUGGUGGGCGCAAGCUGCGCCGCGUUAUCCCGGCAACGGCAGACGGAUCAGACGCCGGCGGGCCAGAAGGUAUGUCUCCACUCCAGGGAGGUGGUAUCAUGGGGGGAGGUGGCGGCGGCGGUGGAAUGCCUGGCUCGUCGGGGUCACCGUCGGGCGAGAAGCAGCGAGAAGCGCUGGUGUGUCGCAUUUGCGCGGGCACGUUCUCUACGGCACAUGAGCUGAAGACGCACAUGAUGACCCACAUCGGCGGGGAAGCGAUGGACCUGGAGGUACCGUUCGGCAUCAGUGCGUUCAAUAUGUUGCACGAGAAUAUGUUCAACGAUUCGAUGGGCGGUGGUGGAGGACACGGCGAGGGGUCGUCCGCCGGCGGUGGCACCGAGGAUCAUAGCGCCGAAGGUGGUAGUAACAGCAGGGCCGAAGGUGGCAGCUCCGAUGGGGAGUAUCCGCAGCAUGACGCAGACGAUGGAAGCGGAGGUGAUCCGCUGUUCGAUGGUUCCAACUUGGAACUCGUGUUGGAUGACAAUAUCUACGAUAAGGAUUUCAGCAUGCGUUACCAACAACAGCAGCAGCAACAACAGCAGCGAAGACGAGCGGCGUCCGCUAAGAGUCAUAACAACGGUGGCGCCGGCGCUGAUGAUGACGAUGAACGGGAACCGGACGGUGAUGACGACGAUGACGAAAACGAUGAUGAUGUGACGGAUGCCAACGACGUCGAUGGUGGUGCAGAAGAGGACGAUGAUGAUGACGAGGAGGAAGAGGAAGACGAGACAACCGCCAGCUUCCGGCGGAAUAUGAACCUCCUUCCAACCCACUCUCGUUCGCGCUACGGUGCUGCAGGUGGAGCCGGUGGGAUGAUGAUGGCGGGUGGUAUGCGUCAACAGCAGCUACAGUUACAACAGCAGGCCGCUGCAUCUGGCUCUUCCCCGGCCGUCAAGGGCAAGAUAGUGUGCGAGCUGUGCAAGAAGGAGUUCCUGUAUCCUUGCAAUCUCAAUCAGCAUAAGACGCUGCAUCAUUCGAAGGACAAGCCGCACGAGUGUCGCAUCUGUUACUAUCGUUUCGAGUACAGUGGCCACCUGCAGCGUCACAUCCGGCAGCAGCACGAGGCUAUCGCCGACGAGCUGCUGGAGCCAACUGAACCGCAAUCAUUCGACUGCAAUUUUUGCGGCGAAUCGUUCGAGGCAAAACCACUUCUUACGGCACACGUUCAGUCUAACCACCGGGGCGAGAAGCCGUUCCAAUGUGACAAGUGUCCAGCGACGUUUACCUAUAAAAAAUCAUACGAAACCCAUCGAGAGGAGCAUCACUUGAAAUCAAACAAUGGUGCUUUCAAGUGUAGUUUCUGCAAGAAAACUUUCAACAGCGCACAAAAAGUAGACAACCAUGUUUGCAUCCAAUAGUAUCAUUGGAAAUCGAAACACCACGACUACAACUAAGAAUAUAAAGAAAGGAAGCAAUGCUAAGAGUGUUAUAGCCUCGGAGGAGCCGAGGUAAAGAUGAGGUGUGUUGUGUGACCAGGAGCAGCGUGUAGUGAAGUAAUGCUAAAUAACGGUAACGUAAGCCACAAACAACUAAAUCACACCCGUAGUAUCCAUAUACAUAUAUCGUAACCUUAAUGCAUGGUUAUAUAUAGAUAUAACCUUAAUGCAGCUAUAUCGUAUCUUUUUACAUACUCAAGAAAGGGAGAAAAAAAUCGUACAUAUAGACAAAGGUGUAAGUUUAGCCCUAGUAGAAAGAGAAAGUAUUGUUUAAGUGCAAAGUUUGAGCAGCAGUAUAUAAUAGGAGAGAGCCAGCAGAACAGUAGGAAUAAACUAACAAACAUACAGUAAUAACAUUUGCAGGAAUAUAAAUCGCCUAUGUACACGUAUAUAGUGGUGAAGCGGGGUCUAGCAAGAGGAGAGGCAUAUGCCGCGUAAAAAAAAACAACUAGUAUUUAAGUCAGAAGCAAAUCAAAAUCAUAAAAAGAGUAACACACAGAAAAACAAAUACAGCCACACUCAGUAACAGUAGGAACGAAAACAACAAGCAGCGAUGCCGCAGAUGAUAAGUAAGAUGCAUGAAAAGAGAAGAACAAACAAACAAACAAACAAAAACGAGUAACAACAGUAAGUAAACUAACAAAAGCAAGUAGUAGUUCAAAUUGUUUAAGUAUAAACUUACUUAUAGUGUAAAGACAAAAAUUGUGGAACUACAGAGAAAAUGGACGGAAAGCGAUUAGUAAGCCGAACAGUAAUCAAAGUACAUCACCGAUAGAAUAGUAUGGGGGAAGAUAAAACAACAACAAAAAGAUUUGAGGAAAUAACUAGCGCAUAAGUUGUAACAGAGCACUUAAUAGAGACAUCAGGAAUCUUCGUGAGUCGUUAAUAUUGCACCACCACCACCACCGUUUCCUGUUGGAAGUUGCAUUUUGUUUCUAUUUCCUCAUUUACAUGCACAUAUGACUGCUUUUAUACCGCUCUUCCUCUUCCUGGGAAAGCGAAUAGAGAAGCAAAGCUGUCGUCAUGCUUUUGAACAGUAUCCUGCAACUAAACUUCUGUUUUGCGAAGCUAUGAUAAUUAAGGACUGAUUUACCUUCUGAUCAUCUCAUUUGGCAUCUUGUUUGUUUAAGCUUGCAUAGUCGAAAAGGUAGAAUUUGUACUGUCGAGGAACUGUAUUUUAUAAACUAUCAGUUUAGCUUAGUCUAUAAUUAUUUUAACAUUAUCAGCACCGAAUCUUGGACUCAUGUAUCAAGAUUGUAUGAUUCAUGCUGAUCUUUUUAUUUGAAACGGUAUGUUUUCUGGUAUUGUAUAAUUUUAUGGAAAAAAUGCCCCUUUAACAAUGAGAUUGUUUGUCUAUUUGCUUUAUAUUAUGACGAUUCGUCGGUUUGCAAUAAGAAUAAUCCAUUUUUGAUCAUCCUGCAUUCUUGCAAAGGCGGACCGGAUUAAUAACAUCCAUUAAAUUCGUUUGUGACCAAUGUUUGGAAAUUGCCAGAAAAAGAAAUGAUGGUCACGAAAAAAAACAACAAUUAUUCAUAACGAUUAUGUAGUAUAGCGAGAAAUGAUGAUGAUAUAGCCCAGUGGCAGUGGAAGACAUGCUGCCUACGUAUCGAUAUCCAUUUUAGCUUUUCUGGCAAAGAAACAAAGCAAGAGUCUAUCAUCCACGGAUCCCGCCCGGCUCUGAUGUGUUGUAGGGCUAUGCCAGGGUUUCCUUUCCUUGUCGUUUCAAUCAAUCAGCCACAUCAUCGAGGAUUACGGACAACUUCAUGAGCAUCAUUAAUUUAUUAUUAUAUAUUUAUUAUUGUAAUUAUUGUGACGUAUUUAACCAAAUCCUCUCCCCACUCAGUACUGGGCAAGGCAUGAACACGUAGCUGAAAUUAAUCUAACACAAGUGUCACAGAAGUGUACUGAAAAGAAAUGCAUCGGAAAUCCCAAAUCAUACAAAAGCAGUGAACAAAUUAUUAUUCAUCAGAUAGACAAAAUAGGAAUGUAAAGCAAAUGAUAGAAGAAAGGGUUGAAGGAUUGGAAAGUUGAUUGAAAUAAAUAUAAGAUCUAGA